CUUUAGAACCUAUUAUAUAAUGGUUGGCAGUGCAUUAGCAUAACAUAACCCAUCUCUGAUGGCUCUUUGCGUUCCCACUGCCACUGCUACUCUGCCAUUCAAAUGUAUAAUUGAUUCCCACUCUUCAAAGCCAAAUUCUCUAUUCUCAUUCUCACCAAAAAAAUUGAACACCACCCCCCACCUCAACCUCAUAUUACAAGUACCAGUAGCUGAUUCUGGCAAGUGGAGGAACAUGGUUUCAUUUUUCCCAGGUUUUCUAACUAAAGGUAGCGAUGUUCAGAAGCUCAAGGUGGAGCUCUAUGAAGCAAUUGCACCCCUUGACCGAGGUGCCGAGGCUACUCCUGAGGACCAACAACGUGUGGACCAGUGGGCCAUAUCUAUCCAGAUUGCUCGUAAACUUGAGGCUGUGAAUCCUGUUAAGGAGCCUCUCAAGUCUGGUUUGCUCAAUGGGAAAUGGGAGCUUUUCUAUACAACAUCUCAAUCAAUUCUGCAAACACAGAGACCGAAACUCUUGCGACCAAAUGGAAAGAUCUAUCAGGCAAUUAAUGUGGAUACCUUGAGAGCUCAAAAUAUAGAAACUUGGCCGUUCUACAACCAGGCCACUGCCAAUUUAGUGCCUCUUAACUCAAAAAGGGUGGCUGUCAAGUUUGACUUCUUCAAGAUUGCUAGUCUGAUACCUAUUAAAUCACCUGGGAGUGGUCGUGGUCAAUUGGAAAUUACUUAUUUGGAUGAAGAUCUACGAAUAUCAAGAGGAAAUAGAGGUAAUUUGUUCAUCUUGAAAAUGGUGGAUCCAUCCUAUAGAGUCCCUCUUUGACGUGGAUUCUCCAAGAAUCAGUAGUGGCCGGUGGCUUCAAUUUUCACUUUUUGGCAUAAAUGCUCCAGUUUGUCUGUCUAAAAUUUCCGCCAGUUUAUGCUUUCUUUCUGUUGUAUCAUUGUAUAUUUUUUUUCAGUUACAACCAUUUACAUAAAUUUAAUUAACACAACUUCUUUGACGUGUA